GCGAGAACCAGAAGCAAGGAGGUGUCGGCGAAGGAGCACCUCUCCUCCUCAGCCUCCACCCCGACAAGUCCCGCCUUCGCCACUCCAUCCCGGCCGCCUCUGAACUUGAAAGCAAGAAGUGCGCUCUGAGCGGGUGCCGUUGUCUUCACAUAAGCGCCACCUCCGCUGAUGAAAGGACUCUGGAAGCAGUGUUGCUGCAGCGCAAUUCCACACACUUCAGUCGUCAUCUGAACUAGCUAAGUCCAGACAGUUGCAGUGAAGCACGAUGAAGAACUGGCAACCUGUGAGAAGACUGGUCGUCCAGGGUCGUCCAGGGUCAUCCAUGACCCACAGACAGCCCAUGCAGCGAUGUCGCCUCCAGCUAUAAGAGCCCAGCGUGGCCUCAGCCUCCAUGAGGUAAACGAGGAUCCACCAGGAUGUGAUGACCAAAGCAAGAAAGAUACAAGGAAAACAUCUAUGCCUGUUUAGACUCACCUGCAUGGAGGUGUGUAUGGAUAAGUGCCACCAACUGCUAAUGACCUCCCAGUGCAUUAUCUUCGCCUGCUGGCGCCGCCCUUGCAGCUGCUCUCGGCCGCAAUGUGGCGCGUCGUGCAGCAGGGACUCGUGGACCACUACGGUAUGCUGGAGGAGUUUGUCACCAUGGUGACAGAGCUGGUCCCCGAGUUGAUGAGCUACAGUCAGAGGGCUCAGCUCAUCCUGGGACUCAGGGCCAGGCUGGUUCUGGAGUUGUGUCGAGGCGAGCAGCCAGUGGACAUGCAGACUAUGCAGCCACAUCUGGAUAGAAUUAAAGCUCCUGUCAGCACAGCCAAAGAUCACCAUAGUACCAUCGACCUGGUGGAGGAGUCUGAGGUCAACUUUGUGGAGCUGGUACACUCAUUACUGGAGGAUCCAGCAGAAAGGAAAUACUUUUUUGAGGAGACCUUUCCUGUAUACUUUGGGCCAAAAUAUGAUGCCGCACUGGAGAUGCUGGUGUGGGAGUUUAUAUCCAGACUUGAGGAGCUACUUCCAGUUCCUGACUUCACACAGUUGGCCACUUUGCUCGGAGACGCUCCGUCCUUCCUCAGCGACUGUUUACAAUCCUUUUUCCCGCCAGCGGACAUGAAGGCGCUACUUGAACACCAUAGAAACCUUGGACAUUUUCAGGAGAAGGACCCCAGAUUAUUACCUAUGGACGACUGCAUCCUCACCUCCAUGUCCCUGCCUCCUGGGACCAAAGCUGCCACCGACGUUACCUCCUACUUGCCUGCCCACAGAGACCCAAGGCCCUCGGAGCAGCAUGUGUCCACCAAUACAGGCAGCCCGCCUCGAGCCAGAAUCUUCUCUCACGAGAGGAGUGGGGGGCUGUGCAACGAAACCAUAGACCUUACCGCAUCAAACGACACCGAGGCAGAUGUGCUGGCAGCCGGUGAGCUGGUCGGCCAAAGCUUUAAAGGAGGGCGUCUGCUCAGGAAGAGGAAGAUGAGCGGCGGCAGUGGCAGCGUGGAGACCCCCGCAAAGCUGCCACCGGAAGCAUCAUCGUCAUUCUUAGAUUCCUCAAUGGAUGAUGAGAAUUCUGGUGAAUCCCCGCUAAUAUCCAUAUGGGGGGAUUAUACAGACUCCCGUGAGGGUCCUGUCCCAGUAGUGAGCGACACAAAAGUUCCCUGGUCGGAUGACGAGACCCACCAUCUGCUCGACAUUUGGGGCAGCGACUGUGUGCAGCGGGCCUUGAAGGGCUGCCUGAAGAACCGCCACAUUUACGUCCAGAUUGCCCAGAAGAUGGCCGAGAGGGGCUUCAAUAGAACAGUGGAGCAGUGUCAAACGCGAAUCAAACGCCUCAAGAAGGGCUUUCGCCAAAAUAGGAGCAGCUCCAGACUGGAAUAUAAAUUCCACGAGCAAAUGGAGCGGGUGCUUGGCUCAAAGGCUUCCGCUGCUGCUCCUGACUUAACAUACGAUGUAGACGAGGUUAUCGAUGACGAAGAGUCUCAGGAUGGUGAUGAGGACUUGCAGUUCGUGGGGCAAACAUGCCAGGAAAUGGGAACUAGAAACAUGCCGUGGACAGAGUCUGAGACGCUGGCCCUUAUCAACACGUGGGGUGAAGAAAAGAUCCAACAGGAGCUGAAAGGAACCAACAGAACCAUGCACAUGUUCCCCAUCAUUUCCACCAAAAUGGCCACCCAUGGGUUCUCCAGGACCCCUGAGCAGUGCCAGACGAGGCUCAAAAGGCUGAAAUCCAAUUUCAGGCAGUGCUACGAAAGCAACAUGAAGGGGCUGGAGCAAGUUCCGUGCAAGUUCUACAACGAACUGGCAAGAUUUUUAUUGAAGGAACACCCGUCAACGCCGCUGCUGAAUGAUACGCCAGCGGAGCCUGAAGCCAACCACUCUCCUUCUUGCUCCAUUCAGGACAUCGUGUCUGUCAGCCUUCAGGAUGACAGGAAGAAAGUCCCGUGGUCUGACAAAGAGACCAUCAUUCUUCUGGAGCUCUGGGGAGAAUCGCAGAUCCUGCAGAACACCAGAGGCUACCCUCCCAACGUUCACAUUUUCAGUGAAAUAUCAGAGAAACUGGCCGUCCACGGCUUCGUGCGCACCGCUGAUCAGUGCCACACCAGAAUCAAACGGCUAAAGUCCAGCUAUUGGCAGUGUCGGGACAGCAUGAGCUCAACCGGGAGUGACAAAGUCAAUUUCAAAUUCUUUGAUCUGAUGGAACAAAUCCUGGACAAGAGGCCGUCGACGUCCUCCGCUCUGGUGACGGACCCCAUUGAAAUAUCAGAAGACUCCAAUGGUGACUCCGUAACGGAAACAGAAGGGGAAAGCACGGCAGCCGCCACCUUGUGGUCGGACCAGGAAACCUCUGUGCUGAUCGACAUAUGGGGAGAGGCGGAGGUGCAGAGAUCGCUGAGGGGUUUCGUGUCUAACGGGCAUGUUUAUGCUGAAAUCUCCGGACGGAUGCACGACCUUGGAUACACCAAAACCCCGGAGCAGUGUCACGAGAAAGUCAAGUCGUUGAAGAACAACUUUCUCCUGUGCUAUGAGGGGAAGAGAUGUGGAAAGAGAGUAGAUUAUAAGUUCUACAAUCAACUGGAGCAAGUACUCGGGAUGGAGGUCGUUUCGCUCGAUGACUAUGAGGAAAAAGACGAGCAGUCAGAGCAGGACGCAGGUACAGAUACUCUGAACACACCAUGGAACGAGCAGGAGACGGAGGCCCUGGUGGAAGUCUGGGCCGCAGACGACGUACAGCACAGCUUGAAGACCUGCAUCCGCAACGGGCAUAUAUUUAUGGACAUUGCAGAGAGGUUGGCCGCUGUCGGCUACACGAGAAGCGCAGAGCAGUGCCAGAACAGGAUCAAAAGGCUGAAGAAGACCUACAGGCGGCACUGCAACAGCCGCAGAAAUGGACGAUCUGGAGCCUUCCGCUACUUCAAUCUCCUUGCGCCGGUGCUAGGUGACAACUCUGUGCCCAAUGAUGUGGACAGUUCUUCUGCUGAAGCUAUCUUGCAACCUCUCGAAGACACCUUUCCAGACAUCUAUGAGCAACCCUCCACCAGCCACCCGCUGCCUGACCCAAGCAGGAAGACGCCGUGGUCUGACCAGGAGACCCGCACCCUGCUAGAGAUUUGGGGGGAGGACAACGUCCAGCUCACGCUACGGGGCUGCCUGAAGAACCGCCACGUGUUUGAGUUCAUCUCUGAGAGGAUGGGCAAUCGGGGAUACAUGAGGACCACGGAGCAGUGCUACACUCGCAUCAAGCGCCUUAAAUACGGCUUCCUCCACGAAAAAGUGGACUUUAAAUUCUUCAAAGAGAUGGAGGAAAUCUUCAGGAGGGAGUUGAAAUCCGACGCGUCAGUCGCAGACAUCCCAGUACCAGACGAGCAUGAUGAGGACAUGUAUGAACCCAUCAAAGAUCUGGUGCUCGCCCCGGGCAACCAGUGGCUGGCCGACAACUCCAAGCACCCGUGGAGUGACGGCGAGACACAGGUCCUCUUGAGUGUGUGGGGGAGUGAGGAUGUGCAGGAGACUCUGAAGGGCUGCACCAAGAACAAGCACAUCUUCAUGCAGAUCUCUGAUGCUUUGGCCAGCCAGGGCUACCAGCGCACGCCCGAGCAGUGCCAGACCCGAAUCAAGAGACUCAAGUACAGCUUCCGACAGUUCCUCGAUGGCAGAAAAGGGGACAAACAGGAGUGCAAGUUUUUUGACCAGCUGGUGAAGAUAUUUGGCAGCAAGUAUGUUGGCUCCGAUCCGCAGCGAGACGAUUCAGCUGAUGUCAUAGAGUCGUAAUGAAAACGUCCUUCGUCGCGGUGCCAAAUGACGGAGCACGCAGCCACAAGCAGAUGGAAGAACAAGAAGACAUGCAGAAACUGUGAAGUAAACUUUCUGUGCUGGGCAGCUGCUUCCUGUUGCCAUAUUUGGGCACAUCCAGCCCUCCCUGAGUGAAGACGCUCCUGCCUGGAGACGGGACGGGGACAUGUGAGCGUAUCCUUACUGGUGAGUCACUGUCACUCACUGUCUUCCUCUGGAAAAUAUUCUGUUUUUAAACAAACAUGUCCGACCUUUUUGUACCUUAAUUUCACUUUGGUGUGAUCCACUCAGAUCCCACCGUGUCAAUAUUUUACCUUUGUACUUCAUUUUAUAAAGCUCGCCGUUUGUUGUAAACAAUUUUAAGUGCUAAACAGUGAGGUAUGUGCUCACUUCUUAAUUGUUUUUUGUCUUAAGCAGAGUUCUAUUUAUUUAAAACAUUUCUGUAUGUGCUCCAAAGUUUUGUCGGUAAUUUAUUUUUUCUUUUUUUUUUUCUUUUUUUUUCCACCGUCAACGUCAGCCUAUGUUUAUUAUGUUUGUGCGUAUGAUCCAUGUUUUUAUCAUAUCCAUGUUUCAGGAUAUAUUGCUGUGAUUUGUCAUGUUGGAUUUUGCUCUUUGUACACUGGGAUCAUAAUAAAUAAAGCACUCG